AUGGUCAUUAAUAAACAAAAUAAUAUAAAUAAUAAAAAAGGUAAAUCGUAUAAACAACAUUUAAUUACAACAGUAGAUUCAGAAACAGGGUCUAAUGAUGAAGAUUUAGUUUUUUCUAUAAAUCAAGUUGAAAUAAAAGAAACUGAUAGCAAAAAAUGGUCACAAGUAAUUAAUGUUAAUGAUACUCAAAUAAAUUUUCAGAUAGAUACGGGAGCAGAAACUAAUAUAUUACCAUACAGAGUUUUUACAAAAAUUAACACUAAAAAAUUAAUCCAACCCACAAAAAUUAAAAUUGAGUCUUAUGGUGGUUAUAAAUUAACCCCAAAAGGAAUAAUAAUAUUAGAAUGUAGGGUUAAAGAAAUAGUUAAAGAUGUUCAAUUUGUAGUAAUAGAGCAUCCUAAAUGUAUUCCAAUAUUAGGAUUAAGCUCUUGCAUUGAUUUUAAUUUGAUACAAAGAAUUAAUAGAUUACACAUUAGUAAGACUAAGACAGCGGAACUUGAUAAUUUUAUAUCCAAAAAUAAAGAUGUAUUUGAAGGUUUAGGUACCUUUCCGGACUUAGUUCAAAUUAAGUUAGUCGAUGAAGCUGUUCCUAGAGCAAAUCCUCCUCGUAGAGUUCCACUUGCAUUAAAACCAAGAUUGGAACAAACUUUAAAAGAGCUUACUAACAAAAAAAUAAUAGAACCUGUAAAUGAACCCUUAGAGUGGGUCAAUAAUAUUGUUAUAGUAGAAAAAUCUAAUAAAACACUUAGAGUAUGUCUAGAUCCAAGUAAUCUUAAUAAAUAUAUAGUGCGUGAGUAUUUCCCUAUUCCCACACUAGAAGAAAUAACACCAAAAUUAAUAAAUAAGAGUAUUUUUUGUGUGUUUGAUUUAAAAGACGGCUUUCACCAAAUAAAAUUGGAGAAAGAAUCUAGUAAUUACUGUACUUUCAGUAGUCCUUUUGGUUGUUAUAGGUUCUUGAGAGCACCAUUUGGUUUAUCGUCAAUACCAGAAAUUUUUCAAAAACUAACUCAUAAAUAUUUUGGUGACAUAGAAAAUGUCAUAGUUUAUUUUGAUGAUAUACUCUGUGCAACCAAUUCUAAGGAAGAAAUGGAUAAAACUGUGUUAAAAGUUCUUGAAAGGGCAAAAAAAUAUAAUAUUAAAUUUAAUGCAAAUAAAGUACAAUUUUAUCAAUCUGAAGUUAAGUAUUUAGGAUUAUUGUUUUCUAAAGAUGGUAUGAAGCCAGAUGAUAAUCGCAUCACUGCCAUUAAGGAACUUAAAAUUCCUAGUAAUAAAAAAGAGUUACAACAAAUAUUGGGAGUAAUAAAUUAUCUUAGACAAUUCAUACCAAAUUUGUCAGAAUUAAGCUCACCAUUUAGGGAAUUAAUGAAAAAUAAUGUAUUAUGGCAGUGGACAAAUAAACACACAGAUAUAUUAGAAAAAAUUAAGACUUUAAUAGCAGAAGCAUCAGCACUAAAUAAUUUUGAUAUGAAUAAGCAAAUUACAGUUCAGUGUGAUAGCUCACAAAAUGCGCUGGGAUGUUGCUUGUUGCAAGAUAAUAAACCAGUAGCUUUUGCCUCUAGGUCUUUAACAUCUACAGAAAUAAAUUAUGCUCAAAUUGAAAAAGAACUAUUAUCAAUAACAUAUGCACUUUCAAAAUUUCAUAAUUAUGUCUAUGGGAAUAAAAUAAUAAUAAAUAACGAUCAUUUGCCUUUAGUCUCAUUAUUGAAAAAACCAAUAGACAAAAUAAAAAAUAAUCGUCUAAGAAGAUUAAAGAUUAAAACUUUACCAUACACAUUUGUAUUAGAAUAUGUCCCUGGACCAAAACUAUAUAUUGCUGAUCUCUUAUCAAGGAAUAUAGUACAUAAAACUCCAGUAGGUGAUAAUGAAAUGACUGAUGUGGUCCAUACAGUACAAAUAGCACCAGAAUUAUUAAUUUCUGCUAAAAAAUUUAAAUUAUAUCAAAUGGAAACCCUAAAUGAUGAGGUGUUAUCUUUAGUACUUCAAUACUAUAAAAAUGGGUGGCCAAAAAGCAUAAAUAGAAAUAUAACUGGUGAAAUUAAACAUUUUUUUAAACUCAGGUAUGACAUAACAGUACAAGAUAAUCUAGUGUAUUUAGAUAAUAAAAUAGUUAUACCAAAAAAACUUAGAAAAACAAUACUAACUUUGUUACAUGAAACACAUCUAAGUGCACAUAAACAAAAAUUUUUAGCGAAGUCAAUAUUUUACUGGCCCGGUAUCAAUUCAGAUAUAUGUGAUUUUGCUGAAGAUUGUAGUUUGUGUCAAAAGUUAAAGAGAAAUCAAAUUAAACAAACAUUAAUAAACCAUGAGAUACCUAAAGCACCGUUUAUAAAAAUUGGUUUGGAUAUAGCAGAAUAUAAAAGUUCUAAUUAUUUAAUAGUUGUUGAUUAUUAUUCUAGGUGGUUAGAAAUAAUUGAAAUUAGACAUAAGGAUACGUCAACAAUAAUUUCAAAGUUAAAACCGUUAUUUAGCAAAUUUGGGAUUCCUAUGGAAAUAAUAGCUGAUAAUAUGCCUUUUGGUAGUAGGGAGUUUCUGAAAUUUGCUAAUGAUUGGGAAUUUGAGGUAAAUACAGCAAGCCCUCACUAUCCACAAAGCAAUGGACUUGCUGAAAAAGGAGUGGGCAUAGCUAAAAAAAUAUUACAAAAGUGUAAAGAAGAGGGUCAUGACAUAGAUCUUUAUCUUUUAAAUUACAGAAAUAGUAAUGUAGCUAAUUUAGAUUUUUCACCUGCACAAUUGUUAAUGAACAGAAAAUUGCGCAGUAAACUACCAACUUUUAUUGAUGAAGUAACAGCAAAAUUGAAUAUUAAUGCUUAUGAACAAAUGAUAAAAAUAAACAAAAACAAAAAAACUAUUUUGAUAAAAACUCUUCUAAAACAGAAAUUCAAUUUAAUGUGGGUGAUAAAAUUUAUAUACAAAAUUAUAAAAACAAGUUUUGGGAGAAAGGAGUAG